AUGCACUUCUCCAAGAUCCUCACCAUCUUCACCAUCGGCAUUAGCGCCGCCGCCGCCACCGGCAGGUUCCAGGACGAUAGGAACCACCUCGCCGCCACUGGCAGACACCACGGCCGUGAGGGUGAUCCUUCCACCGACGGCCAGGACACUACCGGUGACAGCGGUGACACCGAUGAUACUGCUUCCAGCAGCAGGCGCGGCCGCAAAUUCCACGCACUCACUGCCAGGAGCCCGGCCGGCCCGCACGGCAGCCGCCGCCACGGUCGUGAGGGUGACCCUUCUACCGACGGCCAGGACACCACUGGCGACAGCGGUGACACCGAUGACACAGCCUCCAGCAGCAGGCGCGGUAAGACCCACAGACUCGCUGCCAGGAGCCCCGCCUGCAGGCAGCGUGGCGGCCAUCGCCAUGGCCGUGAGGGCGACCCUUCCACCGACGGCCAGGACACCACUGGCGAUAGCGGUGACACCGAUGACACUGCUUCCAGCAGAAGGCGCGGCGGCAGAUCCAGCGAGUUAGCAAGCAGCGUCCGUUAG